UAGUGUGUGUGUGUAAACACAGAAAGUGCAGGCAACAGGAAUGUUUGUCUUUCAAAGUAGGUUAUUAUAAUACUUAAGCACGCAUUACACACUUUUGCAUACAUUUCUAUCCUCUUUCUCCUUCUCCUCCCUCUUCCUUCCUUCCCUCUCCACACACACGCGCUAUUCUUUUCCUCACUGAGCCUGUAACAAACGAUGGAUCUUGUUCACACCUGAAAGAGCAUUUUUAUUGCUAUCUUUGAAAGUGUUUGGCUCGUGUUGGGGACUAACAAACCUGGUCUGCGUGCGCAAUGAUGGCCACCUACCCAGGCCCUGAGGAUAACGGCAUGAUACUCAUGGACACUACCUCGAGCUCAGCGGAGAAAGACCGAACAAAAGAGGAAACUCCUCCCGAGAAGGGACCGGACAAAUCCGACCCGACCCAGAAACCACCGUACUCCUACGUGGCGCUAAUCGCGAUGGCGAUCCGCGAGAGCUCGGAAAAGCGUCUCACGCUGUCCGGUAUCUACCAGUACAUCAUCAGCAAGUUUCCUUUCUACGAGAAGAACAAGAAAGGAUGGCAGAACAGCAUCCGACACAACCUGUCUCUCAACGAGUGCUUCAUCAAGGUGCCUCGGGAGGGUGGCGGUGAGCGAAAGGGCAACUACUGGACCCUGGACCCGGCAUGCGAGGAUAUGUUCGAAAAGGGCAACUACCGGCGGAGACGACGCAUGAAGAGACCGUUCAGGCCUCCACCGACCCAUUUCCAGCCUGGCAAAUCUCUUUUCGGCGGAGACGGGUACGGCUACCUCUCCCCGCCAAAAUACCUGCAGUCAGGGUUUAUCAAUAACUCGUGGUCUCCUGCGCCUAUGCCAUAUACCUCCUGUCAGAUGAGCAGUGGGACCGUGAGUCCCGUUAAUGUGAAAGGCUUGUCCGCGCCGUCCUCGUACAACCCAUAUUCGCGUGUGCAGAGUAUAGGUCUCCCGGGCAUGGUGAACUCUUACAACGGCAUGAGCCACCAUCAUCACCACCAUCACACGCACCCUCACGCGCUCCCUCACGCGCAGCAGCUGAGUCCAGCCACGGCUGCACCCCCUCCGGUGUCCACCGGUAACGGGACGGGGCUGCAGUUCGCUUGCUCGCGCCAGCCCGCAGAACUCUCCAUGAUGCACUGCUCGUACUGGGAUCACGAGAGCAAACACUCCGCACUACACGCGCGAAUUGAUAUAUAGCUCGGGCGUCAGGAGACCGACGACAGACCAACAUACUCGCUAAAAGACAGUAAAAACAAGGUCCAGCGAUCUCAAAAACCACAUAAAGACAUUUCAUAAAUUGUGCGUGGUCUUACAAGAAGGAAAAACUUUUACUGGAGCCUCAAAUUAUGGAAGCACGGGCAUUCACGGCGAGUGCCUGAUGCAGGGACUAAAGAUUUCACAUUUUUCUUCGCAGGCAGGAGACUCAUGCAUUUGUGUUCUGAAUGUGUAUAAACUGUUCGAUCAUAGCCUAUAAGAAGAUGGCCAGCAGAUCGAAGAAUCGCCAUGGAAUUACAAAUCAUGUUUACCUGAAUCCGUUCACAACAUUCUGUCAGUGACUUUGGAGUGAAGUAUUGGGUUCUGAACCCUUUUUUCCCAAUUAAUAUUUUUUUAUUCUCUUUGCUUUUGAAUGUUUAAGGAUACAGUGGAGCUCUGGAAAGGUAGAUAAACCGAAGCUCUGUGGAGACACAAACACAACCUGUACACACCUGUGUUUUGGCCUCUUGUUUCCGUGAUUAAGGGUCUCAUAGGGGUCAGAUCACGUGACUGCCAGUUUGGACUGUUUUGUAUGUACUUUGUAAAAAGUAAAAAAAAAAAAAAAAACAUUAAAUAUUUUUAAUGUCUAUGACACAUUGGGGCCAUGUUUAACUAGCACUUUUCAAUCUUUUUUAAAUAGAUCUACUUUUUAUUCUUUAAUAAACUCUUUGUCAACAUGA